AUGCCAUCGCGACUGCAGCAGAUGAUUGGUUUCUCGGGUAUCACUCAAAGCGCCCUAGCUGCUCUCCAGGCGUCAUGCUGGAGAUUCGGCGGCGGCCACAGCGUCCUCAGCGGCGCCCUGCAGCAGCUGCUUGAGUUGCGCAUAGUCGGCGCCCGGGGCGUGCAGGCCGCCGCGUCAGCACUGCCGUCAACCAGCAGCUCCAAUCACAUUGACGAAAGUGGAGAGGCCGCCAGCGGGAACCACAAUGUUGCAGACUUCACCAGCAGCAGCGGCGAUGGCAGCGACACGCCGGCCGCCACAGCCAACCCCGCAAAGUCUCACAAAGGUGUGGCGCCGCUGCGGCGCUUCAUGUGCACAUGCCGCUGCAGCCGUUGCCGCUGA